GGGGCGGAGAUGUAUAACUCUGGAUAUUCAUGUUGUUAGGGGAGAGUCGAGCCGUAGUUCGUCCGAAGUUACGCCGAAACUUUCCCGAUAAUGCGGCGCUAAAGAUGAGUCGACAGCAGGACGAGCAGGGCGUCGUGUUAACCGCUUACACCAGCAACAGCGAAGCCUUAUCGGCUAUCAGCUGCAAAGAGCAAACGGAGUUUCCAGGAGCGAGCCGCAGAACCGGCCAGUACAAUGUCCAGCGGGGGAAAGCGGCCGGUGCGGCUCUGGGCUCGAGCUCUGGGAAAGCACCGUACCAGCGCUGCAGCUCCCAGGACUCUCUGGACGAGCAGGCCAUGGUGGACUACUUUAAAGAGGUGGAGAUCAUCCAGCGCAGCGGAGACGCAGAGACGCAGGAGGACCUGCAGCUGAAGGUGGCUGAUGAGGGUGAGCAGGAGGAGGCGUGGCUGAUGGAGGCGGGGCUUGCAACGCUGUUCGACGAAUCGGCUUCAGACGGCGAGGACGGCAUCGUUCUGCUGUCCACUCUGACACGAACGCAAGCGGCCGCCGUGGAGAGACGCGUGGAGACGCUCAAACAGACGCUACGCAAACGCAACAAACCGUACAGUGUCCCGGAUGUUCGAGAGAUCUUUAAACCAUCACCUGCUUCACAGAGUAAAGAUGAGGCUGGAUCCACAGAAAGAAGUGGGAGCAGUAAACAGGAAGUGGAAGGACUGGUAGGUAAUGGGGCGGGGCCUGACGCUCCAGGGGGCGGAGCUGACUCUGAGACGGACAUUAACCUGGAGGUGUCGUUCUCCGAGCAAGCACUCAUCUACAAAGAAGGGUUAAAGGUUACCCAGCCCCAGAAUGAAGCUGACGACAGGUUACCCGAUUUUAAAGUGUCUCAGGAUAAGACCGGACAGACAAGAGUAGGCGAUCUGUCCGCUGAGGACAUGAAGAAGGUUCGCAGGCUUGUUCUGAUCGAGAUGAGUGCUCUGUUCGACACGUGUGGCAUCGAGGUGAAGGCUCAUAAAGCUCUCAAGGUCAAAGUGAGAGAGUCGGGUUUGUUUGGUGUUUCUCUCUCUACGCUGCUGGAACAAGACCAGCGGAGGAUCCCGGGAACCAAAGUGCCUCUUAUCCUGCAACAUUUGAUCUCUCAUAUCGAGGAGCAGGGUUUAGACACAGAGGGUGUGCUGCGGAUCCCUGGAGCCGCUACUAGAGUGAAGGCCGUCUGUCAUGAGCUGGAACACAAGUUUUACGAAAGCAUGUUCCCGUGGGAGAGUCUCAAACAGCACGACGCGGCCAGCCUCCUGAAGCUGUUCAUCAGGGAGCUGCCCUAUCCUCUGCUGACCGUCGAGUACUUCAACGCCUUCAUCUCUGUGCUGAAGCUGCCCACUAAGAAACAGCAGCUGCAGGCUCUCAAUCUGCUGCUGCUCCUCCUACCCAACAGAGACACUCUCAAGGCUCUGAUGGAGUUCUUCCAAAGAGUGAUCGACCAUAAGGACAGGAAUAAGAUGACGCUGAACAAUGUUGCAGUGGUGAUGGCGCCCAACAUCUUCAUGUGUAUUCCCAAGUUCAUCCUGAAUCAGCUACUGAAGAUGAUGUACGACCGCGAGAGAGCCUCUAACAAACAAGAGAGCAAUGCUGAGGCUGAAGGAGGCUUCAUAAGGGUCCAUCUCUCAGUUCUCGUGGUGUCCAUGGCUGUACAGCUGACGGAGGAUUUAAAGGCCUCAGAUGUUCUGACGCGCUUCCUCAGUCAAGAGAGGACUCUGUCUGUGAAGAGAGAUGAUCUGUGUCUCUAUGAGAUGGGAGGAAACAUCAAGGAGAGAUGUCUGGAUGAAGAGACGUACAUCAAAGCUCUCCUGGAGCUCAACCCCACUGCAGAGUGGGUCAUAAAAUCUGUCCAGCACUGACCGAGCCAUGCCAAUCACCCCAUCCCGCUACGCACCUUACAGUCCACCGCAAACAGACCUAACACGAGAGAUCUGAACAUAUCUCACAUUCAGCCGUCCUCUAACACUGCUCAAACCAAACGAACCGCACACCUCCAACACUAUUACCCACACAGAUGUGCUUUUCAGGAGAUGCUUGGGUAGCAGUUGUAUGAACACCCUUUAUAGUAAAAGCCAAAACAGCUCAUAGUGUCCAUGCUCAUUUAGUCUGGUUUGGCACUUCGGCACAUUUUAAUCGCUUGUGAAGAAAAGGUUGUUUGAUAGUACAAAAAUCAGAGACCAGUUUACCAGGUCUUCUCGGAAAUCUCCAGGUCAUGUUCCAUCCCAGAAGAAAAAAAGAAUAAACUGUAUUUUGUAGCUUUUGCAUUGCAACAUUUUCAUCAUAAUUAAAUAUUUCCACUCCUAAUUCUUCUUAAUGUGACACUCAAAAAAAACAAAAAAAACUCAUCUGGAUUUUUUUUCUUUCUUUUUCUUUUGUAAAUCAUACUCAUCAUAUUGUCAAUACUGUUGAAGGAGUGAAUAUAUAUUCAGUAUAUUGUGUUUUUAUCGCUGCAGUCAGCAGUCUUUUUAUUAAGGUAAUGAGGAUCUGGGGAUAUGCUCAGUUAUAACGUACAUAACGUUACAAUGCAAAUAAUGAUCAGUCAGUUUUAUUUUUUUUAUUUAUACAAAUAUUCUGUGUUUGUGUAAUAUAUAUAUAUAUAUAUAUAUAUAUAUAUAUAUAUAUAUAUAUAUAGAUAUAUAUAUAUAUAUAUAUAUAUAAAAACUCAAUUAACUUAAUUUUUCUUUGGGGGUAAAUUAUGAGCCAGACAUGUUCUUUAUAAGUUAACUGAGACACACGCACCCACCCAGCCAUAAAUCUCAUUCAUAUAUAGAUUAUGUAUAUUGCAUGAAAAUUUGGUCUCAGACAAGUGAAGUACUGAGGUACACUUUCAUUUCACACGUUUCUUUCUUAAACAUUUGAUUACAUGUGAGUGAGCUCUUAGUGUUUUCUGCUUUAGAUCAGUCACAUGACUUCAGUCUCACAGUAGCGCACACUGCCAAUAAAAGUUCACCGCGCUCUAUUACUUCAGUCGUUCCCAGGGAUCUUGGAUGUACUUUUUUUUUUUUCAUGUUGGAGAAAAUAAUGUAAGUCAGAUGAUAUUGUAUAUCUGUAAAGGAUUCAUGACUGAAAACAACAGGAAUCAAGUUUCUCAGCUAAACACAGACCUCAUAAAGUACUUCAAUGGAGGGAAACACUUGGCACUUAAACUUAAACCUUGUCUGUUAUUGACAGUGAUGCAGAUGUCAUCUCAGUGAGUAGUUCUGAGCUGUGAUUUUUAUUUUUUACUGCUACGUCUUUUGCUGAUGUCAUGCUUUUAUUGUGCUGGAAACUGUGAAUAUGGCGAAAAUGACUGUUGAUGUAAGGUUUAAUGCUUAAUAACCACUAAAUGUUUUUGUAAAUAAAUGUGUAAUUCCUCA